ACGUGUAGUAAAUCCAUACUGUCCACCGCUCGACCUCCAUUACCAUUACAGAGGCCCUCCUUCGGCUCCACCCGUCCACCACAUUUUGCUUCUCUGUCACGCCAUCGAGAGUACCCCCAACUUUCAAUCCCCUUUUAUUAUUUUAAUAUAUUCUAUUUAUACUUUUAAAUUAAUUCAUAGGUAAAGACCAAAACAGCUUACUGUUUCACCAGCUCUUGUCGACCGAGGCUUUCAUUUUCAAUCCAUUUCAAUAAUUCAAGACGAAGAAGCCGAGAACCGUACCGGUUUCGGUAAAGGCCAUGUUUGGAUUGGAUCAAUCAGAGUUAGGGUUUUUCUCUCUGUAACUGUAAUGCUAUUGCUAUCUCUUGGAGAUUGAACUCCCUAUCAGAAUGUCCACGCCUCGAAGCUCUGCCUAUCUCGAUGCCGUCACUCUAGAAAUCGAGAAGAAACUCCAGCGGGCGCUAGCUUCUCCGACACAGCGGCGCAACUUGUUGCAGGAGUUGUUUGCUGACAUAGCUUUAGAGAUCGAUGAGCGAGCCAAAGAUAUGAUUCUCAACAGGGAAGAGGAUGCAAUUUCUCCUGCAGAGGAUAGCAUGGAUGGUCAGCUAUGCUUUUAUGAUGUGCUCACUGACCAUUAUGUUCGGGUGCCUGCGAGUGGAAAACGCAUCCUUGAUUUGAUUGUCCAACUAUGGAGCCAGUCAUUUGCAUCUCAUAUUUUUGCCUUGUUAUUCCACAAAUGGCUGUUUGAAGUUCAACUUGACAACUCUGAAGUUCUUCUUCGCUACUCAUCUGCUCUUAUUGAAGGUGCAACAAAUGUUUUCUGGAUUGAUACUCAAUCAAAUACAAGGCGAUUUCAAUCCCUCUUUCGUUAUCUUCUUGAGGAUGUUGCUUUGGAGCCCAAACGGUUGAAUAAAAUCCCUGUACAGGUCCAGCGAGAUCUAUUUCUUUUACUUUCGAGGUUUAUAUUUUUUUAUAACUCAGGUGGGUUUUCUGGUAAUGCAUCUUCAGCCCCUGAAUCAAGAAAUUGUAAAUUCUCCAGUAAUGUGUUGAUUCAUGCAGUUGACAAACUCGGGAGCUUCUUAAGGCAAUUUCCUCUUUUUCCAAAUGCUUUUCUGGUUGGCAGUGCAGAAGACUUCUUUGUUAUUGAACUUGCAGAUCAGCUUCAAAAACUGAAGGUGGAACCAGUAUUGCUGCACUAUCUGUCGCACAUAAAACUUCUCCAGGGAAUGGAUCUGAGAAUGGCCACAAGUACAAGGUUAAAGGCUUGUUUGUAUAGUUUCACUUCUCCUGGUGGUCCAAUGUACCCCACAAGAGCUGUUCGUCACGCUGCCUGGGAUGCAUUAGAUUUGCUUUUUCCCGUUGGGAGAUAUCCGCGGCAUCUUAUAAGCCUGUUCUUCCGACUGUUGUAUCCGUGGUACUGGCCCUCUUCUUGUUGGAAUUUCAUAAUGGAUUGCAUAAAGGCAGUAUUGUAUUCUCUGUUAGGAUUAAUCUAUUCAAGUUUGGAGAAGCUGUGGAAGCCAAAGUUUUAAAUGCGGAGAGUUUCGAAAGAUUUAGCCUCCUGUAUAGACUGAAAACCCCCAAGACCAAAACUCAAAGUUGUUUCAUGUGUGUUGUAUAAGUGAUUUUGCUCGGUUUUUGCCCUCGUCUGUUUUAGUUCGACGGAUAUGGAAUCAAAUA